AUCAUUGUGAAUACUUCAUAUCUGUUAUCAAUGGAAAUGACAACUCGCCAACAGCCGGCUUUAUUUUCUUGUUUGUUGGCAAAGUAGAAACAAACCGCCUGAAUUUUGUGCUAUUAGCAGCUGCAAGGAUGGAGGUACAUUUUUGGAAAAUUUUCGCUCUAUCCAGCGCAGUUAAAAUAUUGCUAAUUCCUUCACCUCACUCCACAGAUUUCGAAGUGCACCGCAAUUGGUUGGCCAUAACGCAUUCAUUACCCAUUAGUAAAUGGUAUUAUGAAAAUACUAGCAAUUGGACGCUAGACUAUCCACCAUUUUUUGCAUAUUUUGAAUGGCUGCUAGCUUAUCCCGCGUCCUUUGUGGAUACGCAAAUGGUAGUUCUAACAAACCUCAACUAUGCUUCUACGGCUGCAAUUUACUUUCAACGUUGCUCUGUGAUUGUAAUGGAUCUAUUGUUCGCUGUUGGAGUACGACGAUGUCUACGGGCGUUAAAAAUAUCGCAAUCUUCGCAAAAAUCCUUUGCAGCGAAGAUCUUACUUUUGUUUAAUGUAGGAUUGUUGUUUGUGGAUCAUAUGCAUUUCCAGUAUAAUGGUUUCUUAUUUGGUAUACUAUUGCUGAGUAUAAGUUUGCUGCUAGAGGAACGAUAUCUGCUAUCAGCAUUCACAUUUGCCGCAUUGCUGAUGUUUAAGCAUAUAUUUCUUUAUAUGGCGCCAGCUUUUGCAGUUUAUCUGAUCAAGUUUUAUUGCCUCGAUUCGAAGUGUGCUAGGAAUGCAGUAAUUUGUAUUAUUAAAUUGGCAGUUGUCGGCUUAACACCUAUUGUAGCGGCUUUCGGACCAUUCUAUAAUCAGUUGGAUCAGGUAUUUAGUCGCCUAUUUCCCUUCAAACGUGGCUUGACACAUGCUUAUUGGGCGCCAAAUUUCUGGGCGCUCUAUAAUACUGCCGACAAAGUUGCUGCCAAAUUGCUACGCAUUCCAAAUUCAACUGGGCCUUCAACCACUUCUGGUCUUGUGCAAGAGUUUGAACCACAGUUCUUGCCUAACAUAACGCCGCGCACCACAUUUGUGCUGACGUUGCUCUUUAUGUUGCCAAUAUUGAUAAAACUCUUUUUCUACACGUCAAAAAGUGAAUCAAAAGCUACAUUUUUACGUGCCGUUGUUAUCUGCUCUUGUUCUUCCUUCAUGUUCGGCUGGCACGUCCAUGAGAAGGCUAUAUUAAUGUGCCUUAUUCCACUGUGCUUGCUUUUCGUACUCCACUCAACGGAUGCCAAACACGCAUACUGGUUAAGCAUUUUUGGUUAUUUCUCGCUAUUUCCAUUACUACACCAAUCGUGCGUGUUGCUGCUGCGUUAUGCUCUCUAUCUGACCUAUGUGGCUUUCAUGUACGGACAAUUGGCCAAACUGUAUCCAAACGAGCGCCAAAUCAAAAUGCAUAUGCUAGAAUAUCUUUACAUACUUGGUUGUGUAUUGCUUCCCAUAUAUGAACACAACAUAAGUCCAUUUUUACGUUUAGAUAAAACACUGCCAUUUUUACCGCUACUACUGACAUCUCUUUACUGUGGUUUAGCUGUUACAUACUUUUUCUUCCGUUAUUAUUUACAUGCACUCACUAUAAGUGCCAGUGCAUCUUUUACAUCUACAAAUAAUUUUAAGCCCAAUACAAAAAGUACAAAAACCGUUAAAGCUAAAGAUAAGUCAAAAUCAAAGUUGUUCAAGUCAAAGUUGAAGGCGCAAUAAAAGUAACUGUUGUAUUGUAAUUGCGUA